AUGCAGCUCUCCAUCAGCGCCUUGAGCGCUGCGCUCGCACUCAUCAUCCACCUCGGAGCUGGCCUCCCGGCUACACCUCCCCCCGCUCGGUUUCCAGGGCCACGAGCUGCGAUCUCCCUCGCAGACGGCACCGCCCAUCACGUCGACCGCGCCGGCUGCAGCCAGCUCCCUCCCCUACUUCGACACGUACAUCCAGCCCGAGCGGCCCUUCUCCCCCGCCGUGUGCGGGCCCGAGAUCUGCGACGUCUUCACCGAGACGACGACGCGGACCGUCAACCGGGCGAACCCCUCGCUCGUGCUGGUGAACCAGACGGAGACCGAGGUGUGGAUGCUGCCGGCUCGAGAAACAGCGACGACGGCGACGGAGGCGGAGGCAGAGGCGCCGGUGAUGACGCGCGCGCCGGUGUUGGUCACGGCUACGUUUGUGGAUGGCAGGGCUGGCAUGGCGACGACGGUCGUGGAGACGUUUACGAAUAG